UUCGCACCCAGCUACACGAUUCCGCCCUGCCUUUGCGAUAAACUGCGUGUGUGCGUAUGUGUGUGUUUCGUUUAGUUUCGGUUUUGUCUUGGGGUUUCCAUGGGUGUAAUGAUGUCCAGCUCCGCCGCAGGAGGAGCAGCAGCAGCAGCAGCAGCAGCAGCAGCAGCAGCAGGAGGCUUCUUCCUUCCUGGUCGCAGCAGCGGCGGCGUUGUUCGGUCACUUUCCGUCCCUCUCCCUCCGCGGAGCGAUUACUUUGUAACGUUACGCGGCGUGAAAUGUUGAACUUUGAUACUGGUACAUGUUGUUGUUGUUGUUGUUGUUGUUGUUUUUGCGGGAUUGCGGAAGACUGAAGCGAGCUGCGCUGCCUCUGGAAACGAAACUUUGAAGUCGACCUCACUAUGUUCGACUGAUACAGGAACGAGGGAUGGACGGUGAGAGAAGCGAUGGAGGAGGAGGAGUUGGUGGAGAACCUGAGGUGGAGGAUGAGUUCACGUGUGCUGGGAUGCUGCGGGGAUCUCUGGCCACCCUGCACGGCACCGUGGAGCGGAUAUUCAUGGUGACGUUCGGGAUCGGGGCGGAUGAUUUGCCGCACGGCAACAACGGGCAGAUUUGGCUGAAACUACGAGGGCAGAGCAACAAUGUGAAAGCUGCCAAAUUAUUUGUGAAAGGAGUCGUGAACCAGGAGGAGCAGCAGGAGGUUUCCUACCCCGGGUUCCUUCACUGUGUCUUCUGUGGAGCCAGAGGCCUGUUCAUGAACUGCCUGAUGAAAAGCACCUCAGCACAUAUACUGGUUGGCUCUCCGGGAUCCCUGCUUAUAUCAGGUCUGGCGGAGCCGGUGGUGCGAGCCUACUCCCUUAUUACCGAUCUGGUGGAUAGAUAUGAGGGCACACAGUCCAAACGCUCUGAGAUCGGGGACAGAGGCUGCGGUGAGUCCCUGGAUUCACGCCGGGCCUUCAAAACUCUGGUUGAGAAAUGGGAGGACAGGCACACCCUGGAUCUUCUGGUGCUUCCAGGGUCUGUGAAGGAAAUCUUGCUGGACUUGGUAAAAGAAUCGGGAUCUGUAUCGAGCCCGAAGGCGGCAGCGACAGACAGAAACGAAUCGGAGGACAGAUGGGACAAACCCUCUGCCAUUACGCACACGCUCCCUGAGCCCUCCAACACUAAUGAUCAGUGGGUUGAAGGGAUGACUGCAGGUUCAGGAAAAGACAUUGCAGCCGCAUUUGCAGGCGCCCGGGGGAGAGCAGAGGGUGCUGAGGAAAGACUGACACAUUCUCCACAGGAGGUAGGAGAGGAGGGGCAGCCAGAGAGGAGGGAAACAGUAGGUAACAAAGAAGAAGACGGGCCUGAAGGGGAGGAAGAACAGGAGCGGAAAUUGUCGAUGGGAAACAAGGAGUUUUGGCUUCUUUUGAAGUUCUUCACAGCCAUGGGGUACACAGACGAUGUCGUGAAACGAGUACUUGCCCGAACGGGACCUAAAGAGGCCUCACAGAUAUUGGACUUGGUUCAACAGGAGCAGGAUCGCAGCGACCGGGAGCAGAUGACUCAAGGUGGCGCAGAGCCAAAACAUAAAGAUGGUGUCAUGCCGAAUAAGAGCGAGAGGAACCGACCCUGCGAGACGGAGCACAGGGAGGCCGAAGAAGCAGCAGGAGGAGAUAAGGCGAUAAGGUGUAAUGGGGAGGUGGGAGAAGUUCGUGAAGGAGAGGGGCAUGGAGCGGCAGGAUGCACAAAACACUUUGAGGGAGGUAGUGCACAGGAAAAGGAGGAAGGACACGAGGAAGACUUCGUCCUGGGAGUGUUGAAGAAAGCUGCAGCCAGCUGUGGGUACACCGAACACAAAGUGGCCAAAGUCUACAACAUGUUGCCCGAUCGAUCCACCCACCAGCUGCUCCUGGAGCUGCAGAGAGAGGGGAGCAAAGAGACAGACUUCAGGGAGGGUCCAAGAGAGAUGGAUGAUGUGGUGCUGGAGAAAGACGGACCAAAAUUUGGACCACCAGAGGACAAAGAAAAGAGAGAAUCCGAUGAUGAAGGAUGGGUAGAACUGCCCAACUUAACUGCUGUUGCAGAGGCAGAUUUGUUUCCUUGGAUUGAUAAACCCCAGCCGGCAAAGCGACACCAGCCUUCAAAGUCACAUAUUCCACGCCAGAUCAUCCUGCCUGAAGUCAAAGGACCACCCGUGCCUAUUUAUCCCACAUCCCUAGAUCCCCCACCCAAUUUCCCAACUCACAAACAGUAUGACCAAAUCAUGUACUGGCCCAAUCCAUCCACCUCAAAACAAAGUCAUUCAACUCACACCAAGGUCUUAAAUCCAAAGCCCCAAUCCUCCAACUCUGUAAAACAAACACUUCAAGCCCCUCAGCCCAACAUCUUCCUCAGGAACGACUCGUCUCCCACCCGAUGGAGGGAAAGACGGGGUUUCACGCCUUCUUCUUCAGUGGUGGUGACAGGCGAGCAGCGUUUCCUGGAGGGACUGCAGACGCCGUUUGAACUCAAGCUCGCAGACAAGCCGGGAGCCCCAAAACUGAGGGCGAUCAUCAUUGACGGGAGCAACGUGGCCAUGAGUCACGGUUUGGGUCACUUCUUCUCCUGUCGAGGAAUCGCUCUUGCCAUCCAGCAUUUCUGGGACAGAGGCCAUCGUCACAUCUGCGCUCUCCUGCCACAGUGGAGACAGAAGAGCGACCCCCGGAUCAAAGAGCAGCACUAUCUGACUGAGCUGCAGAAGCUGGGCCUGCUCUCCUACACCCCCUCCAGAGAGGUCCAGGGCAAGAGGAUCAGCUCGUAUGACGACAGAUUCAUGCUGCAGCACGCGCAAAAGACGGACGGAGUGAUCGUAACUAACGACAACCUGAGGGACCUCUCAGACGAGACCCAUGUGUGGAGGGACAUCAUCAAAAAGAGACUACUUCAGUACACGUUUGUUGGGGAUCAUUUCAUGGUGCCGGACGACCCCCUCGGGAGAGGAGGGCCUCACCUGGAUGACUUUCUACGUUCAGAGCACAGGACUCCUGACCCAGGAAACCACUCUUUUGCCGGUGUAGCCACGCAUUUCCCUUCCUCCAAACCUCCACGUUCCCAAACGGAGCUGCUUAGCUUCCGUGACCGAACGCUGGUUGGUGGUCCGGACCCGCCGAGCAGAGGGGGCCGGGGGAAAGGGAGAGGGCAUGGGAGAGGGUGGGACGUGGGACACCAACACCGGCAGCAUGGAGCUGCAGGUCCCGGACUGGGGUUCAGAGCUGAGAGGAGUCCAGAGGAAACAGCCCGCCUCAGAGAGCAGCUCUGUCAGGUGUUUCCAGAUCAGGACAACAUGGUGACGCUGGCGCUGCAGUGCCACUCAGCAGAGACAGACAUCAACGUGCUGUCUGAUCUGAUCUUGGAGCAGCAGCAGGACUAGAAAUCGUUCUCUGGGUUCAUGCAGGCUUUUCUUAAGCUAGUCUAUUGAUCAAAUAUUAUUUUCCUCCAAACCAACUACAGCAAAUCAUACUGGUUAAUCAGUGCAAAGAUCUUAUAAAUUAUCAGAUGAGUGGUGGAAUUUUCUGUUGAAAGUCCAACACACAUAAUUUAAGUAUGACGCUCACUGUUUCUCUCUUCUUUGCAUACCUCCCUAUAACAAGAGCCUAGAGACUGUACUAAACAUGACACAUGAUGUAAAUCCUGUUUACUUGUUGUUAGAGACGGACCAGUUUUGCUAGUGUCGGACCCUACUCGACCAGUUUUUGUCUGUCCACUCUAAAACAACAUCCUUGACUCUUGCUCAUCCUUCAGUGGCCUCGACCCACCCACGCCGAACCCCUGACUUUUUACCUCUCGUCAUCAGGUUGAAAUAUUGAUAUGUCCAGUAAUAUCAACCAAAAAUACCUGCGAAACUAACAGCAUUCCCAUAAGCCUCUCCUGUAGGCUACGAACGCUAUAGUCUUAGCAUGCCAAACUAGCACAUGAACACAGUAAACAUUAUACUUGCUAAACAUCAACAUGCUACUGAUGCAUACUGGUGUUAGCAUUUAGCUCAAAUACAACCUCACAAAGCCACUAGCAGACUCUUAAGUCUUAUUUAAUGUCUUUUUAAAAGCGCAACCGAUGCAUAAUGACGGCAGCCAUCUUCCUCAGGGUUGUUUUACUGGCCCUUAUUAGGCGACCACACACCUCUUGAAAAAAGCGGUGUGCAUCGGUUGUGUUUUUCAUCAUUUUCCCACUCUCUCUUUUGUACUUCACUAUUGUUAGGCCCAGCACUGAGUUUAAGAAAAGAAUUACAUGUGCUUAAAUGUGACAUUUUUAAGAGAGGAUUGCUAUAUUUGAAAAAUUUUAUUUUUAGACUUCAGAUUUUAUAGCUACCAGCUGGUUUACCAUCGGGACCAUCGGGUGUGAGGGGUGCCCAGGUGAAGUUUAGAAUAAAAUAUUGUGUACCCUCAAUUAUAUAUUUUUAACUUAUUUUAACCAGAGUGUGCCUAGAUGAGGAAUCUGAACUUCAUGAGGGAAAACCGAACUAAAAGGUGAAAGCGAGUGAAAUUUUCCUUGACAUCUCUGUGACUGAAGAUCAGAUCCUCAAUCCAACUUCUCAAAUGCAAUUUUAAACAAAUUUUACCAAUUGUGAAAUACAAUAAUCAUGUUUGUAUUGUUUGUAUUUGUAUUUGUUCUGCUGGUUAUUGUUUCAUUAAAUCGGUUUAUGAAGA